AUGGCCUUUGAAAAAAAGAGAGAAGGACCGACGACGACUCUUGCGGUACACCGCUGCAGAUUCGUCGACUAUGCUCCUUCUGCAAUCACCGCCCUCGCGUUUGCACCCCUGCCUUUGCCCUCAAUAAAAGGCAAAAAGUCGACGGCUACGAAUAAAACAGUUCGAUUUGGAACCCUUGCUGUUGGCCAUGCAAACGGAAACAUUGACCUGUGUGAAUGGAUGGGAGGAGAACAAGAUACUCAGUGUCCACAGGCAUGGGUUGUGAAGCAGACAAUCCCUGGACCGUAUCCUUCAAAAGUGGAUUCAUUAGCGUUCGUUAUUCGCGACCCCGACACCCUCGAAGAAGAUCAGGUACCCAAAAUCUCAGAAUUGAGACUGUUCAGCUCCGGUGGUGGAAGUGAAUUAAUCGAAUGGGACAUUGCGACGUCGCGUAUCCGACAAACGAUCAACUCCCAAGGAGGUGCCAUCUGGUCAAUAGCCGCCAACCCUUCCUCGACCAUGCUCGCUCUCGGCUGUGAAGACGGCACCGUUCGUAUUCUCUCGUUAGAGAACGAUACCCUGACCCAUGUUCGGCGGUUAGGCAAAGUCAAGUCCCGUAUGCUGAGUAUCGCCUGGGGCCCGCCGAUUCCCAAAACCAAUAACAACAAAAAACCCUCGUCGUCGUCUAAUAGCGAUUCGGACGACGAUGAUGAUGAUGAUGAAGACGAGUGGGAGGAUUCGUGGUUGGUGACUGGGUGCUCGGAUAGUAGUGUCAGGAAAUGGGAUGUUAAGACGGGUCAGGUUUUGGAGAGGAUGGGAACGGAUAAGAUUCGAGGCGAGCGGACUUUGGUUUGGAGUGUUGGCGUUCUUGGGGACGGAACAAUCGUCUCGGGAGACUCCAUGGGAAUGGUCAAGUUCUGGGAUUCUCGCACUUGCACCCAGCUCCAAAGCUUCCAAGCUCACAAUGCCGACGUUUUGUGCUUGACAAUCAGUCCAGAAGGAACAGCAGUAUACACCUCCGGUGUAGACCAAAAGACUGUUCAAUUUUCACUCAUCAAGGUCGCCUCUGGAUCUUCUGUCCAAUCUUCUCGCUGGGCCCAAACAGCUUCAAAACGCAUGCACUCGCACGAUGUCCGCGCACUGGCCGUCUGGCCACCACACACCCCAAUCCCUCCCUCCUUCCUCAAACAACGACAAAAAGCCCGCAGCUACUUCCCUUUGGACAUUGCUCCCAUCCUCGCCUCUGGCGGUCUCGACAUGAACUUGGUGGUUGCGCCUGCAGCUUUACCCUCCAGCUCGGUGGUCAAGGUCACUAAUCCACUGGAUACGAGUACGGUCGCUACCUUCGAAGACGCGUAUCAUCGCAGGAUUGCGUAUUCCCAGGAAGGCCGUGUUCAAGUUUCCAAAACUUCGAGAUAUGUUUCGUGCAUUAGAGAGGCUGGUCUUACCGUGUGGAGGAUCGUGGACAAGCCGCCACGAACGGAGACUGAGGACCGAAUGGACGAGGAUGAACAGGCGCCUUCGAACGAAGAACCCGAGGAAGAAAAGUAUGAAGGAGGUUGGGAGAAGGUGCUCGAGAUGGACUUGAAGGUCACUUCGAACAUUAUUGCACACCGGAUAUCAGACGAUGGGUCGUGGCUUGCUGUUUCGGACAUGUACGAGACCAAGUUGUUCAGGCUAAAGACCGAUGACGAAGGUCAGGUUACGCCAAAACGCGUAAAGGAUUUCUCGUCAAUCCUCCAACCCCACAUUCCUCCUUUGCCGACUCCUCGUGGAUCGUCGAAGCCUCAAUACCGCGGAACAGGCUCGCUUACCCUCCAAUUCACGCCCGACUCUUCAAAACUCGUCCUGGCGACGACUGCUCCUUCAUACAUCCUCGUCGUGGACCUGACCGGAGACAGUCCCCAGGUUCUUCGAAGGUUCGAUCACCAUUUGCAAUCAGACACGAUUGUCCAGGACCGAGUGAUCGCUGGUGGAAAGCUUAAGGAGAAGGCAAGCCCGAAGGUUAAUGGUGUCAACCACAGUUCAGAGGACGUGGAGAUGAAGUCUGCUGAAGAAGAGAAGGAUUCGGAGGACGAGGCUGAGGAUAGCGACGCCGACUUGACGCCUGCUGCACGACCACCUAAACCGACGACUGCCGCUGUCGCCCAUCUUGCUAUUAGCCCUGAUGGCCAGUGGUUAGCUUCAUCGUCACAUUGCCUGCCCUCUGCAGCGACGUUGUCGUCUUCGUCGGCAUCCACGUCGCAUCAUACGUCCACCAAAACGCACAUCUACAACCUCGACUCGAUCGCAUACCACACUACCCUUCCUUCGUUCCCUCUCCCAGUUCAACACAUCACAUUCCCUGAUGGUUCUUCUGUGGGCAACAGCGGGAGCAUAAAACUCACGCCUUCCACUCUCCUUCUCACUUUCCCGAACAACUCGAUUCAGGUUUAUGAUGUUGAACAGCGCCAGUUCCCGGCGUGGGGCAAAGACCUGUCUACGCUCAUGCAAAGGAGCCGGUUCUCUUCGACUCACGACGCGGUGUUGGGUGCUACCUUUGGGUCUUCCUCGCCUUCAUCGUCGCCAUCCUCAAAGGAUAGGUACAUCCUGUUCUGGAGCGCGACGUGGUUGUGUAAAGUCAGUUUGGAAGCAUUGGCUAUGAUUGACUUCCGCGCGCCAUACUCGUCUCAUUUCUCGAAGAGCUCGAGCAAGAAACGGAGAAGAGGGAAGGAUAGUGCUGCCGCUGUUCCCCCGGCAACACCCAACCCCAAAGCCUCCAAAGCUAGCGCCAACGCGAUUACAGAUGCGACUCCUGGAGCGGGCGACAAGGAACCAGUUGAUGAAGAGCUCAGUUACAAGUUGGGUGCAGCCGUGAGGAUGGUUAUGACGUAUCGACCGAUUCUGUGUGCGGAUCUGUUGAGUUCGGAGGAAUUGGUGGUGGUGGAACGUCCGUUGGUUGAUGUACUCGCUACACUUCCGCCGGCGUAUUUCAAGCAUCGGUAUGGCAAGUCAUAA